AUGGCCUUCACAUCUCAGUAUCGUAUGCCGGGCACCUACUUUGACGCACAGCCCGGCGGAGUUCACCCGGGCGUCUUCCGGCCCCCAACUUCUCCCUCCGCGGGCUCUUCCUACUGCUUUGCGAGAGCCAACAGCUACCACUCAGAAGCAACCACACCUCUGGCCCAGGCGAAGCGGAAACGUCGGACCGACGCCUCGCGCGAGGCUACACCGCUGCACGAAUGGACCGAUGGGAAUAUGAACCUCGACAGCUCGAGCGAACUCCCCGCCCACGAGACCCCUCUACCCAUCCGGGGAGCCCGCUACACCCUGGCCGGCCAACUCGAGACCCCGGGCGCUGCUUCGAACACGCCUUUCGAGAACGGCACGCUCGAAGAGAGCCUGUACUCCGACACCGACUACCGAAGAGCCCUAGGAUCGAAGCGACCCCAUGAGGAGAUAGAAUCGCCUGUCCCUGGCCAGCCCACGAUGCUUGUCCAGCCCAGCCAGCCAGUCUCCGGGGGCUGGAGCCGUUUUGCCUUCAACACGAUUGGAGGCGUCGUCGGCAAGGUCUGGGAAUUUUGCAAAGCUGGAGCCUUUCGAGGCUUCUCUGCCGGAGGCGGCAAGGCCUACACCAUUGACGGUCAAAGCCUUCCGGAGCCUGCACCGGCUCCAGCAACAGAACCCGCUCCCGAGCCCGAAGCCGAAGCAGAACCAUCCGAGAAGACGGACGAGAAGGUGAAUGAUUGGGGACAUGAGAGUCCUCCGCACUUGGAGGUGCCUACACCCGACACCAACAGCACGUUGCCGGGCGGAUUCCCCCGGCCAGAUUAUACAUUCUGCAACCGCGAUGCACCAAACCCUUUUGCUCUCGCUCCCGAGUCCACGCCGUCGCGGCCCGCCGUGAAGCGCAGGCAAACGAGUGCUGGGAACCACGACGAACUGCGCAACUGGGUCGUGGUGGACGAGUCCGGAGCCGGCGCGAGACUGGUGUCGAGGGCAUCGAUGCGGUCAGUAUCUCGCAACACGCGCCCAUCCAUGGUGACUGGCCGGAGGAUCAGCGUUCCGAAGCCCCGUCUCAGCUCAAUUCCGAUCCAUAACCGCAGACAGUCUGCGAACCGCGAAGACUUCCCGGCGGAUACCGCUCCGUUAUCGUACCGGGAGCCUGCGAGCUUCGCCAGCCCCGAACCCAUUUGCAAAAACAAGCACCUCGGCCAGGCGGCAAAGCGGUAUCCCCUCGCCGGCAGCGCCGUCGGCUUUCAGCCCCCCGUGCGGUCCCACCGUCGUUCCAAUAGCAGCGCAUCGGCAGCAUCGCCUCGCGGAAAACUCAAGGAAUUUGGCGUGAGUUCCAUCCGGGAAAGUCCGCGGCUGGACGCGGAAGCAAAGAGACUGGCCGCGCGUAGGGUCAAGGACGAGCAGGACACGGAUGCGCGGAUCAACGACUUCAACCAGAGACUCAAGGAGAUGAUCCGCCAGGGCAGGGAGGCCCUGGGCACCCGGAUCGAGGUGGAUGACGACGUUGGUGGAUGGGAGGAUGAUUAA